GGCAGCGAAACUGGGGAAAAAACUAUGUGAAUGUUUUGAAGAAAUUUCACUAUUUAUUUACUGUGCCUGCUGAAGUUAUAAGUGAUGAGUGUCACUCGCAGCUUGAACAGCUGGCAGUUUCCCAAGCACCAUUAUUUUGUCAAUAAAAUACCAACACCUAGGUGUUUUUUUUUUCGUUUAGCUUCUCUCCUAGUAGCCAGUUACCUUCUCAUGAUUUGCCUUUUAAAUUCUUGUUUCUAUUUGGACUUAAAAUAUAAUUGGUUUUUUUGUAUGAUUUAAGACUCUCUUUUAAUUAAAAAAUAAAUGUCAAGUCAUCGCAGUGGGUAUUUUCCUAUUUGAAUAUGAAUACAGAUCCGCCAAAUCCAAAGAGAAUGACAUCGCUGAAAACAAUAUUAAAAGACAAUAGCUGACAACAAAAGGAUAUAAUUAAGUUUCCUUGUAAACUCAUAGAGAAUCCAUCUUGUGAUGAUAAUGUCUGCUAGAGUAUCUCCAAACGAAUGUACAGCGCGUUUAAAUAACGGAAUGUCCGAUUCCAUUUCCGAGCAACAAGCUAAGAUGAAUGGAGUUUCAAACAUGACGGGCUCUCCUCCCGAGGCAAAAAUUGAGAAUAAACACCUGUUUAAGGCAGUCAACGAAAUAUACAGCCCUGUUCUUAAGCUGAUGAAAUUGUUUGGAAUAUACUACGGCGAUACUACCCUGAAAUCUCUGGCAAAUGAUUCUGGUCGUUUUUCGAGGAAGGAGUAUGAUUCACUCAUGUAUUGUGGUCUGGUAGCUACUGGCGUUUGGUACAAUUUCUUUUUGGCUGUUCUUAGUUGCUUCUUUGUCCCUGAAAAGAUCUAUGUUUCUUUAAUGUUCAGCAUUUGGUGUCUUAUGGGAGCACUGAAUGAAACAAUUCUCCUGAUUGUGUCACCAGUUACAAGAGCAAAAAAAUCGCGUUUUCAGAAUUUCCUUCGUGGUUUAAUCGAACAUAAGAGUCACGCUACUCUGGAUAAGGUAAAAGCCAAAUCAAGAUAUGGCAUGAUUGCGUUUUUCCUCGUAUUUUCCGGCGCUAUUGUGGGAGCGUCGAUGACCAGUUUCAAGCUUGAUAUGAAUCUUGCCGACUUUAAGCCUUUAAAUAAAUCACCUGUCUUUGCCUGGGCUUCCCUCGUCUUUCUGAUAGUAUCUGUUUGCGCGUGGGUGCUUCCAGUUCUUCUUUUCUGUAUUACGUGUCUCAUACUGGCGGAACUUUUUGAUGAUUUGAGUAAGCGAAUGAAACAGCAGUCCCUGCACUCAAAAACAUUUCAACUAGCUCCUUUUAAGAUGGCGCAUCACGAGCUGUGCGAUGUUGUAGAACUGGCCGAUGCGAUGUUCUCCCCUCUACUCCUUGGAAUGGUGUCUCUGUAUAUUCCUUUGAUUUGCUUCAAUUCGUACCUUGCUGUUAAUUCACCAGAGAAAACUGAGGAUGACAAAUAUCUGUUUAUGGGCAAUAAUUUUUUCUGGCUUCUUUCGUCAGUCUUUUUUUUAAUAAUUAUCAUGCUGUUUGGAUCUAAAGUGAGCGAGGGGAUUCACAGUUUUCAAAAGAUUUUGCGAACAGUUCCUGUUUCAAAAGAAGACGAAGGAAAGUUGGUGAUGUUUAUGCUUGACCUUCAGGGGGACCCACAGGGUCUGUCAAUUGGUGGUCUUGUGGUCAUUACUAAGUCCCUGUCUCUGACGAUUGCUGGAGUCAUUGUCUCUUACUUCGCUGUCAUGUUAUCUCUGCCAAAGUGACGGCCACUAUGGAGCUAUGUUAAUGAUACCGCUGGUUUAUCAGUCUGUAAACUGUUACGUAAUGAGAUUUUUCAGGGACACUUUGGUAUCUACUGCUGUAGCUUAUUAUUCUAGGCAGUAUGUAGGUGAGUUAUAUAUAGAACAAAACAGUACUCUGAAAAUACCGACGCAUUAUUUUUCUUUGUCGAAGCUGUAAUAUUGAUACUGCUAUAGAAGAGAUCCUUUUUGUUUAACGAUAACCAAUAGGAUUGAUUUAAACCAGAUUAAUAAUUCGAACCUCAAUAAAGUUUGGGAUGAUGUUUA